ACAGCCUCACUCUGCUGGCUCUCGGGCCUGCCUGUCCUGGCGACGUGGGAUGGACGCACGCUCACACACUGACCGUCACACUCUCACACACACAAAUGCACCUCACUGUGAGCAGCAGGCUGCUGGGUAGCACUGCGCCUGCUGCGACAGGGAACAAGUGUCUUCGGCCCGGCAUCAGGCCCCAAUCAGAACAACACCAGGGCUGCAGCCGUCUCUUUUCAGCAACCCAACGCCUAGUGCCGGCCCUCCAUGCAUAUAGCAUCGUACCCAGUACGUACACAGUCACAGGGACUGAGUGGUUAGUGGGGGACUUUCAACGCUACUUUCUGCAAGGUAUGUAGUCACCGCUACGUGGUGAAUCAAUACUUGGACCAUUGAACCGGCACUGGCGAUGCUCCCAACUGUUUGUACCGCGUCUAACACUCGCUGUCCCUGCAGGCCAUAUGUUGGCCUCGG